ACCCCCCCGGCCUCGCCGCCCCCGCGGCCGGCAUACACACAGGGCCUGAGUGCGAAGCGGGGACUGCUGCCGUUGAAUAUGGACACCGCCGUGUCGCCCGCCUACGAGCGCCGAGCCUACAGCCCUGCUCCCGAGAGCCCCACGCUCCCGUCCGUCGCCCUGCCCUCCCCCAAAUUCCCUCCCCCACGACAGCGAGCGCCCUCCCUCCUGCGCCAUGCCGCUGUGUCCUCGCCCAAAUACAUGCAGUUCUCCCAAAACGAAGGCCCCACAUCAUCGCCAGUCAUGGCACCGGCAAUGAGACGCGACGGCAGCGGCCCUGGCUCGCCAGACCUGCGCGCCAUCUUCAACCCGCUCGCCAGCAACCCUCCCACGUCGAAUGGCACGCAGUGGGACUUGUCUCCAGAGGACGUGUCUGGCUCGAUAUCGCCCGUCCGAGCUCGCGGCUACACCAGCUCGUCACAAACCUCGUUCAUCCCCCACCCACCACUACGCUCCGUCACCUCGAUACCCGACUACGGCCAGUACCGCAACGGCGAGCGGUCAAAUCUGUCUGGCACAUACAAGCCCAAUCGCGGAGUCCCCAACUGGUCUCACUCCGACUACUACCCUCCCCCGCCGAUUCGACAGCUGCGAGGCGAGGAGCCUCGGUUCAGCUCAAGAUCAGGCUACACGAACACUUCGGGAAGCAUGAUGGAAGCCAGCACCGAACGCAGUAGUAUAGUAACAGCGCGCAGCUCUGUGGCUAGCGACCGCCAGAACAGCAUAUACUCGAGAGAUCAGUCAAGAGACAGACUGCGCGACCGCGAUGACUCGCCAGAGACCACUCAGAACUCCGAGAUCGCCGAGGAGGACGAAGACAUGGAUCAGUUCAGCGCCGUGGACGAUGUGAUCGACGCCUACUGCUACGAUGAGGACGUUCGCGGGUACUCGAUGAUUGCAGACACAGCAAGAGAUCCAUCUCCCAUAGCUUUGGAUCUAGAACCGCCCGAACUAUCACAGACACCUUCUCGCGACAAGGACUCAUUGUCGUCUUUCCAGUCGUCUGAAAACCUCAAACAAUGGGAUAGCUCUCCCGCAUCUCUCCUUAACGGCAUGAUUGCCAAGGCUGGAGUUAGGAAACAUCGUCUUUCGAUACGCUCGCCAUCUGCCACAGAUGCCUCGGAUCAGAGCCUCCUUGACGACGACACUCAGGCAGGAGCCGAAGGGGAAUUGAGGCCGCACCAAAUACCUCCACUUCAGAUUAGCCCUUUUCAGGCUGAAUACACACCACGAACCAUUGAGGCUGUCACAGCCUUGACCAACAAGAAGAACCCAGAUGAGAGACAACGGUCAAGUGAGGAGGCACCACGACGAAUCUCAAUGACAUUACAAGCACUGUCCCUUGGUGCACCGAGCGCACUAGUUCAGACCGCGGAUGACGGACUGCCCGCUAGAGUCCCGAGUGCCAAGCGGGCCGAAAUGUCGGCAAUCAAUCGCGAGAUCGCUGCUCUACCACGACUUCCCAUGAACAAGGCGCGCAUGUCGCGACGUGACUGGGCAGAUAUUGAAGCUUACUCUAAGAGACAUUCGAAAAGACCGAGCGUAGCUCGACUGGUGUCGACCGAGUCGAUUCAGAAGGUGGGCCCUGCUCUGCCAUCGGCCCCACUACAGAAGUCUCAGCCAUUGCCGGAACUUGAUGAGGACGAGGCUAUUCCGCGCCGAGCAUCGACCAGUGUGUACGACCGAAAGAGUGGGUUUGGAUUGGAUUCCUUUUUGAAGCCUACGAGACCCGUCGAGGCAAAGCCUUUAGCUGCAUCCAACCAAAUCGGACAUGUUCCUAGCGUUUCGCCAAUCGUGCGGAAGAUGGCCGGAAAGGCGCCGCGCGAUCGUUACGGAUUCAAGAAGGAGUCACUGAAUGUCAGCGUUCAAGAGCACGAUGCUUGGGCGGCAAGAUACGAGGAGCACAUCAACAGGCGCAGGAGCAAGUGGAUCGCAUUGAUGACCAAGGAAGGUCUGUCAACAAAUGAACCCACAGAGUUUCCCGCAACCAAGUCUGAGAGAGUCAAGCGUUACGCUCGCAAGGGCUUUCCUCCCGAGUGGCGUGGUGCUAUGUGGUGGUACUACUCGGGUGGUCAACACACACUCAAGCAAAAGGAAUACAUCGGCUUGUACGCCUCGCUAGCAGUACGUGUCAAGAAUGACGAGCUGAACAAAGACGACAAGGACGCGAUCGAACGUGACUUGGACCGAACCUUCCCGGACAAUAUCCACUUCCGCCCUGAACCGGCAAAUGACUUACUGGAUGGAGAAUGCGACGACGAGCCUGCCAUGAUCCAGGACCUCCGCGAAGUCCUUUCUUGCUUUGCUCUAAACAACCCAAGUAUUGGCUAUUGUCAGUCUCUCAACUUCAUUGCCGGUCUUCUUCUCUUGUUCCUCAAGCAGGAUAAGGAGAAAGCGUUCAUUCUUCUCACGAUCAUCACACAAAACCAUCUUCCCGGCGCCCAUGCUCGCGCUCUUGCGAACACGGAAGUCAACGUUCUCAUGAUGCUCAUCAAGGACUACCUUCCCAAGGUCUGGGCUUCCAUCAACGACACCGACCUCAUCAACUCCGGCGCUGGAUCUCACGCCCACCCUAAUUCGAAGUUCCAGCGCCAACCUACCGUAGCCUUGUCCUGCACGUCUUGGUUCAUGUCGCUCUUCGUCGGUGUCCUGCCCAUCGAGACUGUGCUUCGCAUCUGGGACGCCUUCCUUAUGGAGGGACCUCGGGCUUUGUACCGCUACGCACUUGCCAUCUUCAAGCUUGGCGAGCCCGAGAUCAAAAAGUACCGCCCCGGCGAUGGCGAGCUGUUUAUGCUCGUCCAGAACCUGCCCAGGACAUGUAUUGAUCCGAAUGUUCUUCACGACUACGCAUUCGUCAGGAAGGGAUUCGGAAGUCUGGAUCAACGAGUCAUUGACCAAAAGAGGUUGUUCUGGCGUGAACAAAACAAAACAAUCGCGCAUCAAAACUCCGUCAAGAGCGCGCGGCAAAACCAGCAGGGUCUGCAGGUCCCCACGCAACGACAAGAAGGAGAUGAUACAGACGGCGAAAGCGUCCGCCGUACCAUGGGCGGCCUCCGGCGACGAGCCAGCCGCAAGUUUCGAAGAAUG